ACCCAAGUUGGUUGCGGGUGUAUUCGACCCGCCCCGCAAACCCAAGAUCCAACUGGAACACUGUUCCCGGCCUGCCAAUCAUAAACCCCUGUAAAGCCCUAAUAGAAAAGUUUCUUCCUUUCACAGUCUUCUUCACUAAAUCAAGAUUCACACAACUUUAUUAAACUGCAACAGUGUGAAUAGAACGGGGGAUGGGGAAAAUCCCACCGGCUUUCAGACGGGCAGCAGCUCAAUCCCCAGUGUCCGCUCUCCUCAAAGCCAACACUUCUGCUGUACAAGAACAAAUCCCAUUGCCAAUUUCUGAUUUGCAACCCCAGAAAAGAACUUCCCAGAAGAAACCCAUUAGAAAAAAUGGUUCUGCAACGACGAAUUCAACAGCAAAGACAAGCGUCCCUUCAAUUGUUUUUGAGUCCCCAAAUCUUUCGGAUGCCAAAUCCCUUUUCAAUUCACUUGUUUCCUCCACCAAGAACGCCCCUUCAGACCCCAGUUUCUAUAACUCGAUUUUGCAGUCAUUUUCCUCUGUUUCGUCUCUCCAAGAUUCAAUCUUUUUCCUCAAUCACAUGAUCAAGAAGCACCCUCCUUUUUGCCCCAACCGUUUCACGUAUCAUAUACUUCUUACGCAGUCUUGUUCAUUACCUGAUGAGCAGUCCCUCUCCGAUGUACACCGUGUGCUCAACCUCAUGACCACCAGUGGCUUUCCACCCAAUCAAGUUUCGACUGAUGUUGCAGUGAGAACCCUUUGCGGCUGUGGCAGAGAAGAGCAUGCUAUUGAGUUGGUGAAGGAGCUUUCAAGCAAGAAUUCCCCACCAGAUACAUAUACUUACAAUUUUCUGGUGAGACAUUUAGUCAAGAACAGGUCAAUAAGUAAUGUAAAUUGCUUUAUAAAGGAUAUGAGAGAUUUUGGAAUAAAGCCAGACCUUGUGACAUAUACUAUCAUGAUAGAUAAUGUUUGUAACUCGAAGAACUUAAGGGAGGCAAUGCGGUUAUUGGGAGUUCUGAGUGAGGAGGGUUACAAGCCUGAUUGCUAUGUGUACAAUACAAUUAUGAAGGGCUACUGUAUGUUAAAUCAAAGUGGUGAUGUACUAGGAGUGUAUAAGAAAAUGCUGGAUGAAGGGGUUGAACCUGAUCGAUAUACUUAUAAUACUUUAAUCUUUGGAUUAUCUAAAUCAGGUAGGCUUAGGGAGGCAAAGAAGUUUUUAGGAGUAAUGGCUGAAAAGGGUUAUAUCCCAGAUGCAGUUACAUAUACUUCAUUGAUGAAUGGAAUGUGUCGGGAAGGAGAUGCAUUGGGAGCUUUAGCAUUAUUGGAUGAGAUGGAAGCGAAGGGGUGUACUGCAAAUUCAUGUACAUAUAACACUUUGCUUCUUGGGUUGUGUAAAGCGAGGUUGUUGGAUAAGGGAAUUGAGUUGUAUCAGGUGAUGAAGAAAGGUGAUAUAAAGCUGGAGACAGGGUCUUAUGGAACAUUUUUGAGGGCGUUAUGUAGGAAGGGCAGAGUUGUUGAAGCUUAUGAAGUUUUUGAUUAUGCAGUCGAAAGCAAGAGCCUUCCAGAUGUUGCUGCUUAUUCGACUUUGGAAAGCACUCUUAAGUGGCUGCAAAGAGCCAGAGAGCAAGGUCUUGCCGUUUGACAUGAAUUAGCUGGUACUUCUUUUCUUAGGCUUCUUACGGCAAGCUCAAGAAUCGGAUACUUUAUCAAGAUUUUCCCUGCUAGAAGUGAGAAAUUUCCCAGCUUACCCGUCAAAAAUUUGAUCACUUUCCACAAACCUUUGCUAGAGCCAGGAGAACACUUUGAUGUGCACCUUUUGAAAGAAUCUCUGAGCAGAUGCCAAUGGUAUAAGGCAUGGUACUCUAACACAGAUGAGUUCUGGAUACAGAAACAUGAUUGAGCACAACGCCCGUCCCCCACCGCCCCAAAUUCCCCAAAAAGAACGACAAACCUGUAAAGAAUUUUUAUUUGUUGGUCAAUGAUUCAUUUGCUUUAUGAAUCUACCUAGCAAGCAAAUCAUUUUCAAGACUUUUCUUUUACUGUUCUGCUGAAUCAUCCACCAACUGCUUUCAUAACCCUCCAAUCUUCUUGCUCUCUUAUAAACUCAAU